AGUGCUUCAAAACAAGGACAUUGCUGCUGCUGCUGCUUGGUUAACACACAGACACAUAUGUCCUCUAAUCUGAGCCGCUUUGAGACACGCUGUUUCAUCUCGGUGUUAUCAGGGCUGAUGAGACCGUCUCGUCUUUCUGGGUCCACAGCAGCUUCUGUGCGUUUUUUGGAGUUUUACAACUGCUGACACAAAGGUCGCUGUGUCAGAGCUCGCAGACGACUCAGCUCGGAGGGAAGAGUCCACAGGCACGACACCUGAGAGAAGAAUAGAAAUGCAGUGAAGGCAUGUCUGUGGCUUGUUGGAGUUUCAUUGUGACUUGAUAAUCACAGUCCAUGGUUGUGUAAUGGUUUUAUCAUCAUGAUUUCCACAUGGGAGUCAGUGAUUGUCGUGCUGUUGGCUUUGGUGAAUGGAGCGAGAAAUGAGGGUGGCAUCCAGCCAUGCGCAAAGAUUCAAAUGUCCAGCUCUGUGGUGCCUUUGGGGUCACCUGUCACGGCCACCUGCAUCAUCAGAGAGGACUGCCGUCUAGCCACGGGACAAGCUGUUCACAUAGAGUGGCAGCUCGCUGAUCGCUUUAUACCCAGCAGCCCCGGGGCUAAUGAGAGCAGCAGGGUGUCCCAGGUUGUUAUACCGAGCUUCAAUCACACCAGAGCAUUCCUCACGUGCUGUGUCCAAGGAUCACCUUCUCAAGUGGUGGGAGGAGUGGAGAUCAGAGCUGGAUAUCCACCAGAAGCUCCACAAAACCUCAGAUGUCAGACAAACCUGACCACCCCCAACACCCUGACCUGUUCCUGGGACCCAGGGCAGAAGGAGACCCAUCUCCUUACAAAGUACACCCUCCACACAGAGAUAUGGGAUUCAAAUGUGCACAACAUAUAUGAGUUACCAGUAGGAGUCCAUCAACACAUCAUCCCUCGCACUGGUUUUGUCUUGUUCUCAGACAUGACGGUAUAUGUGAAGGCAGUUAAUGAACUAGGGGAAGCAACCUCAGCACCUUUGAUUUUAGAGCCUGUCAGUUCAGCUAAAUUUGACACACCAAUGAUCCAGUUCAUCCAAACGGCGCCUCAAAGAUUUGGCUGCUUGAAGCUGAGCUGGAGUUUAUCCCCACACCAAACCUGGAUGUCGGACUACCGCCUGAGCGUGGAAGUCCGAAUUAAAACUGCCGACAGCAGCCAAUGGAGAGAAGAACCAAUCCAGGUGCCUAAGGCCAAAAUGACCAGACCUGUGGACCUGUGCCGUCUCCUCCAUGGGACGCGAUAUGUCGCCCAGAUUCGCAUCCGAUAUAAGCAGAGCCCGUGGAGUGAAUGGAGCAGUAGUGAGUCUGGAGUCACCUUGGAGAGCGCUCCCACCGGACUCUUAGAUUCAUGGACGAAGGUAUCGAGGGAUGACAGGCACGAAAGCCUCAACAUACAGCUGUUCUGGAAGCCAUCAAAACAAUUCCACGCCAACAGCCAGAAUGUGUCAUACAGCGUCUCAGUGUCAAAGCUGCCGAGUGAAAAGGGAAAGGUGUGCUCUACAACAGGGAAUUACUGUAGUUUCCAGAUUUCCAGGAAAGAAAGGAAGGUGUACCUGAGUGCUGUUAAUGCAGCAGGAAGAUCUCCACCUACUGAAGUUCGGAUUUACUCACCUAAAGAUGUUUCAGUGAUAUCAGAUGUCUUAGUGGAUCCUCAAGACGACAGAUCUUUCCUGGUCCAGUGGAAAAGCCCUCUUUCUGCCGGCCUCACUGGAUUCGUGGUGGAAUUGAGGCCUUUGUUAAAACCUGAGCUCUCCUUCACUCAGUUUGAAAUAGCUGACAGAAACCACACAAGCCUUGUUAUAACAGGCAGCUUUGAGCCCUACAAGCCCUAUGGGAUCUCUGUGUAUCCGAGGUUUAAGGACGGGAUAGGCCUUCCUCGGACUGUUAAUGCCUACUCGAGACAAAAGGCUCCAUCCAUCGUUCCAAAAAUAACAAUCAAAAAUAAAUGGCAGUCACAAAUUGAGCUGAGCUGGGAUGAAAUACCGUUAUUCCAAAGGAAUGGAAUAAUCAAAGACUACAAAGUCAUCUACUGGAAGGAGAAAGGCUCCAUUAAUGUUGCAACUGCUGACCCAAAAGAAAGGAGGGUGGUUCUAACAGACCUCGAUUCUCUGUCUCUGUAUCAAGCUUUCAUGAGGGUUAGCACAUCCGGUGGAACCCUGAACGGGUCGAUAAUUACAUUUGAAAUGGAGCCCUUCGAUACCGUUCUGAUCAUUGUUCUUGCAUCUGGUGUUGGACUGUUGUGCUUUAUCUUCUUCAUUGUCAUGACUUGUUUUUCCAACCACAAAAGGCUGAAGGGGCGUUUCUGGCCAGUUGUUCCUGAUCCGGCAAACAGCAGCAUCAAGAGAUGGACAUCAGAAUCAACACAGGAUAGCUAUCUUUCCUCUGACGAGGAGCCGAAUCCAGUGUACCUGUCCCACCUCAGCUUCCUGGACCUCCCUGCCAAACUGUCCAAAGAAGACCACGAUGACCUGUGGUUGAACAGCUCAGAGGACACCAGUGACCUGGGAGAGUCCAUUUGUGGUUCACCAUUCAUCCCUGGCUACUCUGGGUCAAACAGUGACUCUGUCCCUUAUGCUACAGUGGUCUUCUCUGGUCCCUGCAGCAGCCCCACACCUACAGGGCCUCCUGUUUACCUGCGUUCUGAAUCCACACAGCCUCUGUUGGAGAGUGAAGAAUCCUUCAGUCCAAAGUGCUACCAGAAUAUGGCGACUGAUCAGAGGCCAACAGAGCAAUGUUUCUUUGGACCGGAUCAUGAUUGCAUUACAAAGGAGAGGAAAGACCUAGAAACUUUGUGGGAUGACUUUCCUUUUCUACGAGCAUUAGCCAUGAAUGAUGCAGAAAAUGACUAAAAUUAUGCUUUGUAAGACGCUCACAGAGAUGUGAGUUUGUGUCUAAAGCUAAGAUGAUUCAAAUGGUAAACGACUGUAGGAAUAUGCUUGAUUUAAUCCUAAAAAUCACUUUGAUUUUAAAUGAUUACACGUCUGUUAAUGUCAGUGCUUUUUCUGCAGACUUAAUACAUGUAGGACUUUUCUACUUAUACUUUAGUAUAAUACUAAUGAAAAACAUUAAAACAAAGCGCUGAUGAAAAAAAUAGAUUUCCGAGACAAUAUAAAUAUAGUUUAAAUUUAGUGUUCUCCUUGAUUGAUUAAUUACAACUCUACCUGUACAUGUGGUACAUGUGUAUUUUAUGUUGGUAAUGAUAGCUAGUAGAUUACAUAAAAAGAGGAAGUUGAGUUUUUUAUCAUUUAUAUUGUGAGCGACUCAUUAAAGUCAUAGCUGAACUAAACAUCAGGUAAAAGAGAGAUUUUGGGAGCUGUUUUCCUACUAUUGCAACAAUACAAGACACCUAAUUUAGCUAGGAAAAUAAAUCUAAACAUAAAAGUCUUUGUGCUUGAAUUUUGUUGCAUAAAUUCCCCUGUUAUGUAUGAAAUGAAUUAUGUUUUAUUGAUUAAAACAGUUUUUAAAAAAUA